ACUCGUACGUUAAGUUGCGGGCCUCCUCUUCGCUCUCCAUCAGUAAACCAUGCACCCGUUUAACUGCAGUCUCGGUAACUUUAGUAUGAUGAUGGAGGUUGAGGACACGCCCCGGGAUGAGAAACUUGCCAAAGUAGAGAUCGCGCUGCUCAGUGUUAUCUUCGUAAGCGCCUCUAUCCUGAACACCGGGCUAUUACUGGUUCUGUGGAAGCGGCGCAAACAGGUCUCCAGGAUGCGUGUCUUCGUGUUCCAUCUGUGCAUCGCAGACCUUGUGGUUGCGUUUUUCCAGGUUUGUCCGCAGCUCAUGUGGGAAAUUACUGACAGGUUCAUUGGACCAGACCUGGUGUGCCGCUUGGUGAAGUAUCUGCAGGUAGUGGGCAUGUUUGCGUCCACCUACAUGAUUGUGGUGAUGACCAUUGACCGCUACCAGGCUAUAUGCAACCCCAUGGUCAAGUUUCAGAGGAGGCACGCGCGCUGGAACAUCCCAGUGUGCGUCGCCUGGACGAUCUCCCUCGUGGGCGGCCUGCCUCAGAUGUUCAUCUUCUCGAGGGUCCAGGUGGCGCCCGGGGUGUUCGACUGCUGGGCGGACUUCAUCCAGCCCUGGGGCCUGAAGACCUACAUCACUUGGACCACGCUGGUCAUCUUUGUCUUACCCAUUUUGACUGUGGUGGUGUGCCAGGUGCAAAUAUGUCGAGCCAUCCAGGUCAACCUUUAUCUAAAGACGCAUCAGGAGGUGGGCAGCGGGGUGGCCUUUCGACUGCCCUCCAGAACCAGCAGCGUGGUCGGGGUAUCCAAAGCACGAAUCAAGACCGUGAAGAUGACGGUGGUUAUUGUGUUCGUCUAUAUCAUCUGCUGGACUCCGUUCUUCAUGGUCCAGCUUUGGUCUGUUUGGGACAUGGACGCGCCGACGGAAACGACAACGUUCACCAUCCUGAUGCUGUUGGCGAGUCUGAACAGCUGCACAAACCCCUGCAUCUACCUGCUCUUCAGCGGCCAACUGCCCAAGAAGCUGGAAACGGUGCUGUGCCGGAGUCCGUCCGAAGUGAAAGACUCCAUUAAUGAUGAGGCCGCGGUGGUCAGCUCACUCUACGUGAGCUUCAAAAGCAUUUCCGACUCCAAAUAGAACGCACGGUUUUCAAAUCCCCACGGUGUGUUGGGAAGCAAGUGACUAGAGGCACGCACAGUCAAUCAGGUAACCAACGGCGAGUCAAGGGCAGUUCUAAUGACGGGCCAUUUACUCCCUCGAUAUCAUGGUCAAGAUGUAUCAAGUGAUCUUUCGGGGACAUUAAAGCACUCACUAUAAUGGAGCCAGAAAUAGGUAGGAUAAUUGUGAGCGGACCGUGGGGUAUUUGCGCAAAUACGCGCCAAAUCCUGGGGGGUAAACCCCCACUAAUGGAUAAAGGCAGGCGGUUGGUGCUGUAGGCUGGUGCUGGGCGUCACAGGGAGCUAAAUCACGGUUGUAAAACCUCUGUCAGACAACAUAAUAAUGAGAGACAUUGUGACAAGGUGUGGUCAACAUGUCGGUGGAGUCCAGAAAAUAGAUUAGUUUGGUACCUAAUGUGAAUCAUUUUCCAAAUCUAAUCUAACAAAAUCCAUGUUAACACCUGCAAAUUGUUUGACAAAAUAUUGUAUAGCAGGCAUAUAGAAUUCAUUUACUGCCUGUUAUUAUUGUUAUAUUUCAUAAAUAUAUUGUAAACGAUCAAACUUUCAUCAUCAACAUUGGAGAAGCUGUUUAGUGCUUUUAUUAAUUUUUAUUUGAUUUAUUUAACCUUUAUUUAACUAGGCAAGUCAGGCCAGGCAGAGACAUGGUGAAAUAAUCAUUUACAAAAUAGAAGCUGUGUGUUCACAGAGACAGUUCAAGUUUGAUGUAGCUUAACAAGACAAGCCGACAGGCCAACUUUAGAGUGACCAGACAGAUUUUUGGUAAAACUUAACUUUGUACAUAUAAAAAACGAUUUAUGAAAGUCUUCUCUAAUGUUCAUCUUCUAUGUUGUAAACUGAGAAAGACAACAAGGAUUUUGUAGUGCAAGCGAUUAUAAAAUAAACUACCACAUUUUUGUGGGUCAAUAGAUAGGUUGUUUUCAUCCAACAGAUUUUCAUGUGAAUGAAUAUUAAAUAAUUUAAAAAUCCGCAUAAUAACAAUAUGCGCAUUUUCGCACUAAACAUGUGUUUCCAUCAAAUUGAUUUGUUGCACGA